AUGGACCCGGCCAUUGUCAUUGCUGUCCCGUACGAUCGCCACAUCUGGCCACAGACACGUUCAGAGGAAACUCGGAGCGACAACAUCUGGGCAUUCUGCUCCUCGCAGUUCCUGGCGUCGACGCAGAAACUCCUCGAACGGCACGCGAGGCGCGACGCGUCCACGCUCGCCUCGCCCAUGCCUAUGCUUCACCACCCGAAGCCGAUACGCGCAUACCGCUUCGUACCCAACUGGGUAGACGACUGGGACGAGCGCAGCGUUCUCUCGGACUCGGGCUCGCCGUCCACCACGCCACAUUCCGAGUCGCUGGCCACACCGAGCGACGCGUUCUCCGACAUGGAGUAUUACGGGCGCGGGAUCGGGGAUAGUGCUGAAGGGCAGGGGGACCUUUAUAGCUGCGGGAGACCCGCUUCGACGAUAUCGGAGCUGGCGCAUUACCUCCCGCGCGAGGUGCUGGAGGAGCUCGGCCUCGCGCCCAGCGCGUCCAACUCGAGCAUCAGCCCCGGGUGCCCAGACACGCCGGGCACGAGCUCGGCGUGCGCAGACCCCCGCCACGUCCAGCUGUUGGCCAUGGUGCUGCAGGAAGCCUCGCAUAUGCCGGCGCACAACUCACCCGUGGGCGGGACCUGUGGCGCGAGUGACAAUCACCGCGUGAAGCUGCUCGACAUCCUGGUCAAGGAGAUCGAGGAGCCCAGACAAUGCGUAGAGGUCGAGGCACAUGCCGGCCCGCAGGCCGCUCGAGUCUACGCGUAUUCGGCCUCUUGGGCAGACGCAUGCCAUCCCCCGAGUCUCUCCAGUGUCUCGAGUAGCAACAGAAAGCCGAUGUUGAGUGGUAGGUGCGCAGGAACACUGCCGCUGGAGAACGAUCAGGCGCAUAGGGAAGUGUUGCUGAGCAUCCUCAACUAG